AUGAUCAUGGACGGGAAUUCAAGCGACAUGGAGCAGCUACAGGAAGGAGAUGAUGAUGACGAUGACGUGGAGGACGAGGAAUGGACUCCUACUGCAAAGAUUGGGGAAAACCCAGAUAGCAGUGACGAUGAUGAGGAGGAAAACCCAGAUAGUAGUGAUGAUGAUGAAAGCCCAGAAGUCCCAGAAGGCAACAAAAUCAACGGCCACAACACUGAAGCAGUCGGCAAGGGUAGCUUGCAGGAGGAGGAGCCCCCGGAGCCCCAGCAAGAGACGAUGCAGCUGGUGGCAGCUGGAAUAAUUCAGAGGGCCUGGAGAAGAUAUGUGAUCACCUUUCCACCUCGCAUCUAUUACAAGAUCUUCACCUAUCGGCCCACCACGGAUUUAUGUCCAAGGGACUACAGUAAGCUGAGAAAUAAGAAGCUCGUGGCCCUGCAGACCAGCAGCAGUGGGUCUGUUACACAGGAGGACCGAUCAGGGUGGUACCAACGUGUAGAGAACAACACCUGGAGGCUGUUCUCUAGCAAGACGGUUGGCGUAGAUAAGAACACAAAGAUUGGAGCCCACAAAACAAUGGACUUUCAUUAUUCUAAGUUACAGCGGAAGAAGGAUAAGUGGAAGAAAAGAAGGAAAAUUGAAUGGCUGAAGAAACUGUAUCAGCAGGGUCGACUGGAGGAACAGAAUUCAGUUCAGGAAGUGAUGAACGACAUGGACGAAAUAGAUGAUGAUGAAAUCCUGGACAGGGAGGUGGAGGAGCUCCUGGCCUGGACCGACACUCUGAGCUUUGACAACUAA